AUGACACAAGAAGUGAAGCCGCUUGAUCACCAGAAGCACCGUAUGUUCGUGAAUUGGGCUGAGCAACAACUUGAACAUGAUUCGGGUUUUCAUCGAAAAAUUAUCUUCAGCAAUGAGGCACAUUUCCGGCUGAAUGGCUUCGUCAAUAAACAAGAUAAUACGGUAACGCGCAGACCAUCACAACCAACAUCAACUUCGACAUAUCCCCCCGCCACCAUCACUCGGUCAAACGAUAAACUUCAAAUAAACUUCCCUUACAUUAGAAACAGACCAAAAGAAAAUCAAAUCGAACAAAGCGAAUGCAAGGACAAAGAGCUUAAAAUUCCUGCCCAUUGCCAAAGUCUCAAGUCAGAUUCAUCAGAUACAACUUCAGCUUCAUCUUUGGCCGACAGGGAAACUUUUAUCCCUGCAAAUAAACGAAAUACCCUUGAUGAACAAUCCUCCGAUGAUCAUCAUUCUGGAUGCGUCUUCAAUCAGAGCCAUCACCGUUCCAGACAGAUGAAGAUAAUGCCAUCGCAAUCAACGUCCAACGACCAUACGAAGAACACCAGCCAAACGAUGAUUACCGAUGAUUCAAAGCGAAUUCGAUCACCGUCUUGGCAAUGGUUCCAAAGAAAAAAUUGGCAUCAACCUUUGCCAUUGUUGUCGUCACCAUCACCAUCAUCGUUGUCGUCGCCGUUGUUGUCGUCAACGUUGACGUCGUCGUCGUCGUUGACUACGACGUCGUUGUUGUCGCCAUCUCCAACGAAUGGCUUUUCUUAUUUACCGGAAAAUUCUAUUAGCGAUGGCAGCCCCAACAGUGUUAGUGAUCCUUUGUGUUUGUCCCGAGGCGAAACUGCGGAACAGUUAAAGCCGGAUACGGAUACAACCGAACGAACCAUGACGAUGACACGAGUGGUAGGGGCACCUCCCGAAGAAAGCCAGCAACACCUUAGUAGUUGGCAGCCUUUGCUGCAGUUUUCUUUCAAUGCUCUUGCUCUUGCUACCCCAACUACAUCUUCUUCGUCUCCAACUCCAGUUUCAGCUCCAUCUCCUUGUUGUCCUGCUCCGCUUCCUUUGCCGUUGGGCUUCCCAAAACCCAGCCACAGUAAAAGCCCACCAACCCCCAACACACCCGGCCAGGCAACGGCAACGGCAACCACCGAAGAGGAUAAUUUCGUUUCGAAACGGAAACACUCCUCCUUGUGCUAUAAUCAAAGCUCUUCUUCAAAUAACACUCAAUCAAAAAGUAGCAACAAUAACGACUACAACAACAACAACAACUCAGCUGAAAAUCUCUUCACUGAUAAGAAUCCACCAACAAAAGAGCAUAAAACGAUCGCUGAACGUCUUCGAAAUUUUCACCGAUCGCAAGAUUUAGUAACUCUGCGGCCGCCCUUAGAUUCGCCCGGAAUAUCAAAUCAACCCUUAUCGCAAGCUUAUUUGAAUAAUAACAAUAAUUCGUCGUGUGUUUCUCCGCCGUUGAAGCCGCUGACAAGCGCUGCUGACAUCAGUUUCAGUAGGUCAAGUGAUAACAAUUUAGUGUAUCGCAGUCAUAGCAAAUCUCCUCAACAAAUCAAAUCAUCAGUAGAAGAAGAAGAAGCGUGUUGGAAAUCUGAUGACCAUUGCUUUAAUCUAAGUGUUAACAACUGCGCUCUAACCUGCCCCUCGACAGCGUGUGGUGCUGACCGAAGCACAAAACAUCUCAGUCAUAAGCCUUUAAGCAACGGCGAGAAUAGUGUGUCCCUGAACCCAUCUACAUCGCCGCCGCCGUUUAUAAGCUCUAUCGAUUGCAACCAGCACUCGCCGUCAUCGCUCGAUAGAUUGAAGGUUGUUGCGUCGUCGUCGUUGUCGUUAGAAAAGUAUAGCGAUUUAGUUGCCCCGGCAGAAGUAGUUGCUGCCGAUGAGCCUAAGCGAAAACGUGCAUUGCCCACUGCCACCUCCGCCGCAGAACUUGCAGCACCAUCAGCAGAAGCAGAAGAACUUUACCGAAUAUGCCUGUCAGAAGUUAGACCAACUUUUUGGUGGUAG